AUGUCGGGCUCAGAACCUUUCCCGCUGUUGAACACAGCAAACGACCAGCUGCAUCAGCGUCACCAGGCAACUUCAUCGGCGUCGGUCAGCAACACCACAGCCACCCAGGACGCCAUCAACAACGCCCGAAAGCGGCGUAAGAGCAGCGCUUUGGGCGGCGAGAUUCGAGGUGACACAGGUGCGCCGGCAUUGGCUUCCAGUCGUGCCAGUCUCGAUGCUACUUCAGAUGGGCGAAAGCGUCUUUCGAAAAGACGUCGUGCUCGCGGUUUGAUCGCCCGGGCCAAACAGACAAUGAUCAAGCAUACUUGGGUCCUCCCUGCCGUCCUCCUCGCCCUUUUCCUCGUCGGAUAUGCCUUCAACCCUACCGAAUCCAACCCUAUUCACAACUUCAUCUUCCUGUCCUACAAGCUGCCACAAGAUGACUUGAGUGCGCCAGCCCGGUACGGAAAGGGUCGCUGGGAUCUCGCCUUUGUCUCAUUCUAUACGAUUGUCUUGUCCUUCACCCGCGAGUUCAUCAUGCAGGAGCUCCUUUCACCUCUGGCCCGUUACUAUGGUCUCAGUCGUGGCAAAAAGGCUCGUUUCAUGGAACAAGUCUACACUGCUAUUUACUUCGGCGUCCUUGGACCCGUUGGUCUCUGGGUCAUGAGCCACACUCCUGUGUGGUACUUCAACACCUACGGCAUGUACGAUGGCUUCCCCCACCUAACCAAUCUGGCACCUGUCAAGUUCUACUACCUUUUCCAGGCCGCCUACUGGUCCCAGCAAGCCAUUGUUCUUCUUCUGGGCAUGGAGAAGCCUCGCAAGGACUUCAAGGAGCUCGUUGGCCAUCACAUCGUUACCCUUGGACUCAUUGGCCUGAGCUAUCGCUUCCACUUCACUUAUAUCGGUUUGGCCGUCUACACUACCCAUGAUAUCAGUGACUUCUUCCUGGCUACAUCCAAGACACUCAACUACAUCGAUUCUCCCCUUGUAGGCCCUUACUUUGGAGUAUUCAUGAUGGCCUGGAUCUACCUGCGCCACUACCUCAACCUCAAGAUCAUCUGGUCACUCUUUACUGAGUUCGAGACUGUCGGACCUUUUGAGCUGAAUUGGGAAACCCAGCAGUACAAGUGCCGUAUCGCCCAGGUCAUUACUGCCUCUCUUCUGUGUGCUCUUCAGGCUCUGAACCUCUUCUGGCUCUUCUGUAUCGCGCGAAUUGCCUGGCGAUUCGUCAGCCAGAACGAUCUUCAAGAUGACCGAUCCGAGGAUGAGGAUGACGGUGAGAUUGAGGAUGACGAGGUUGCCAGCCCUUCUUCCAAGGUCAACGGCAGCACAAAUGGCCAUGCCAACGGCAAGACCACGGCAGACAUGAAGAAUUAG